AUGGGACUCCUCCAUCUCGUUGAAGAUCGUCCCACGCCGAAAUGUGUUUAUAAUUGGCGAGUUUACUUUUCGGCCGCAGUUGCUGGCUCUGCCGCCAUGAUGAUCGGCUACGACAGUGCAUUUAUCGGCGGCACUUUGGCAUUGAAGUCAUUUCGGGACGAAUUCAAGUUCGACGACCUGUCCAAGUCCCAGGUCAACCUUCUGAGCGCCAACAUCGUCUCCUGCUACCAAGCAGGUGCCUUCUUCGGAGCCUUCUUCGCCUACCCCGCCGGUCAUUACCUGGGUCGGCGAUGGGGUCUGGUCAUUUUCAGUGCCCUCUUCACUCUCGGUGCUGGCUUGAUGUUGGGAGCCACUGGGGCUCGUGGUCUCGGCUUCAUCUAUGCCGGCCGGGUCCUGGCCGGUAUUGGGGUUGGAGCUGCUUCCAACUUGUCUCCUAUUUACUGCUCCGAGAUUGCGCCUCCAGCCAUCAGAGGCCGUCUCGUUGGGCUUUACGAAAUGUCAUGGCAAAUCGGUGGCCUCGUCGGAUUCUGGAUCAACUACGGUGUUUCCGAGACAAUGACUCCUUCUCACAGGCAAUGGCUCAUCCCGUUUUCCAUUCAACUGAUCCCAGCUGGUCUUCUUUUCGCCGGAGCUCUAAUAAUCAAGGAAUCCCCCCGAUGGCUCUUCUCCCGAGGUCGUCGUGAACAAGGGAUAGCGAAUCUCUGCUGGCUCCGCCAACUUCCCGUCGAUCACAUCUACAUGCAAGAGGAAGUCUAUGCUAUUGACCGCGCCAUUGAACAUCAACAAUCCACCAUCGGCCUCGGGUUUUGGCAACCUUUCCGAGCGGUGUAUCGGGAUCGCAAGGUCACCUACCGCUUCCUCCUCGGCGGCUCUCUCUUUCUGUGGCAGAAUGCAACGGGGAUCAACGCCAUCAACUACUACAGCCCGACAGUGUUCAAGAGUAUCGGCGUCACCGGCACAAACACGUCCCUGUUGACGACGGGCAUCUUCGGCGUGAUCAAGACCGUCGUCACCCUGUUCUGGCUUUUCAUCCUGAUUGACAAGCUGGGUCGGCGCGCCUUGCUCAUGUACGGCGCGGUGGCGGGAUCGUUGUGCAUGUGGUAUAUUGGCGGGUACAUUGCCGUGGCUCGGCCGGCCGACCAUCCUAGUGACACGUUGUCGUCGGGAGGCAUCAGCGCGAUGGCAUUCUUUUAUCUCUGGACUGCGGCAUAUACGCCGUCAUGGAACGGAACUCCCUGGGUGCUCAACUCGGAAAUGUUUGACCAGAACGUGCGGACACUAGCUCAAGCGUUUGCCGCGGCCAACAACUGGUUCUGGAACUUCAUCAUCGCCCGUUUCACACCCCAAAUGUUCGCCGCCAUGUCAUACGGAGUUUACUUCUUCUUCGCCUCGCUCAUGCUCUGCGCCGCCGUCUACGUCUUCUUCCUGGUGCCUGAGACCAAAGGGAUCCCCUUGGAAGCGAUGGAUCGGCUCUUCAGCCGGGACGUAGCGGCCAGACGCGCACACAAGGUCGUGCUGGCCGAUCUUCGAUUCGAGGACCGAGAGUUUCGCCGCCAGUCGGUGGAUGAGAAGGGCGCCGUUGUGGAGACGGGGGUGGUGACCAGUGUGGGGUCUGCUAUGCAUCUCGAGAGGGUUUGA